AUGGAUGUAACUUUCAACUUUGAUGACGCCUGCCUCAAGGCAUUCGAAGAACUCAAAAAGAAGUUGGUGCCUGCUCCCAUUAUUGUGGCACCUGAUUGGUCCUUACCAUUUGAACUUAUGUGUGAUGCGAGUGACCAGGCUAUUGGGGCAACGCUAGGCCAAAGGAAAGACAAGGUGUUUUAUUCCAUCUACUAUGCGAUUAAGACUCUUGAUGAUGCACAGAUGAAUUACACCACCACUGAAAAGGAGUUGUUAGCCGUUGUGUGGGCCUUUGAAAAAUUUCGGGCAUACUUGGAAUUUGAUGUAGAAAUACGAGAUCGAAAGGGGACAAAGAACCAAGUAGCUGACCAUCUAUCAAGGCUGGAAAAUCACGACCACAUGGAGGAGGGUGGCCAAAUUAAAGAAGUCUUUCUUGAUGAGCAACUUUUUUCUAUCACCCAAGACCCUCCUCCCAUGGAUGAACCAUAUUUGUACAAGCAAUGUGCCGAUCAGCUGAUAAGGAGGUGCAUUCCAGAAAAUGAGGUAGAAUUAGUGUUGUAUGAUUGUCAUACAUCACCUUAUGGGGGCCAUCAUGGAGGAGAUAGAACAGCUGCAAAGGCAAUUGCCUUGCCAACAAAUGAUGCCAUGGUGGUAGCUACGUUUUUGAAAAAGAAUAUAUUUUCGAGGUUUGGGACUCCACGUGCCUUAAUUAGUGAUGAGGGGACGCAUUUUUACAAUCAGUUGUUGAAUAACCUUCUAGCUAAAUAUGGAGUUCGCCACAGAGUUACUACAGCAUAUCAUCCUCAAACAAGUGGGCAAGCUGAAGUGUUAAAUAGAGAAACCAAGCAAAUAUUAAAGAAGACGCUUGUUUAUGGGAAGGCAUGUCACUUGCCCGUUGAACUUGAACACAAGGCAUACUGGGCCAUUAAGAAGCUGAACAUGGACCUUGAAGCCACGGGCGAGAAAAGACUUUUGCAGUUGAAUGAGUUAGAUGAGUACAAGCUGCACUCGCUAAGGCUAUUUCCUGGAAAGCUAAAAUCGAGAUGGUCAGGCCUGUUUGAGGUGGUGAGAGUCACUCCUUAUGGUGCAAUUGAGUUGCGAGCUUUAAAUGGUGAAAGGAAAUUUUUGAAGAAUGGACAUGGAGUCAAGCACUAUUGGGGAGGAAUAAUUAAUCGUGAGAAGACCAAGGUUGUACUCCUUGAUGAGUAA